UUCGGCUGCAGCUUGUCGUCAAGUCAGAAAAGUUAUAAAACAAAGGUAAAAAUAUUUUUAAAUAAACUCAAAGCAGUCGCUUAUUCAUGAUUUAUGCGCUACGAAGUUAUAUAAAAAAACAAUACAUCUGUUAUCGCACUAUGACCCAUAAAGUAUUUGUCUAUGGAACGCUGAAGAAAAAUGAGCCCAAUCAUUAUUGGCUAACGGCCCCUGAGAAUGGCAAAGGAACUUUUGUGUCAGCGGCCACAACCAAGAAUAAGUAUCCACUUAUUAUAGCCACAAAAUACAACAUACCAUUCCUACUUUACAGUCCUGGAAAUGGACACCAUGUAUGUGGUGAGAUCUAUGAAGUGGAUGAUCUGAUGCUCAGCAAACUAGACAUACUGGAGGGGCACCCAGAUUACUACAUCAGAGAGGUGGAUGAUGUAGUUCCAAAAACAUUAGACAACAGCAACCAUGUCAAAUGCUGGGUGUAUUUUCUCAAGAAUUUCAAAAAAGAGUUACUUUCAAAGCCAAUGCUCGAGACAUAUUCAUCUUCGGGCAGCCACGGUCUUCCGUACACUGAAAGGUCUCAAAGGGAUCCCAAUUAUAAGACGAGUGAUGAAGUGAAAAAUAGGAAUUAAAUUGUUUAUUAUCAAUAACGAAUCUUCAGUGGAUGACAGCAUAGCAGAUUUAAUAGAAAAGGAGACGAAAUAAAGAGUGCUUGUGCUCGGCUAGAUCAUUCCAUAAGUGUUCUUAUUUACUAUUGUAUACAGUAAUACCUACUUAAUAUUAAAUGAUAUUAAUGUAAA